AGCGCGCCGUGCAAAUCGUGUUUAGUAUCUCUCCACAGAUACUGGUGGAAUUCACCGUUAAAUAAUGUCCAUGGUUCCGAUACUGUUCCGUGAUUGGUGGGACGAUGUGUGGGAUCCCCCGUUGCGUAGUUCUCGACUACUGGAUCAGCACUUUGCCAGCGGACUACUGGCGGAUGACCUAUUCGGUGCUGUAACCGCCUGUCCAAGGGGUCCAUCCUACCGUGGCAGGCAUGGGUAUUACCAGCGGCCUUGGCGCACGUUACGCUCUCAUCACGAUACCGGAUCGUUCGUAGAUUUGGACCACAGUAGAUUCCAAAUCAACCUGGACGUGCAGCAGUUUGCCCCGGAUGAGAUAAGUGUCCGCAUGGUGGAUGAUACGGUUGUCGUUGAGGGGAAGCACGAGGAGAAACAGGACGAGCAUGGAUUUGUGUCGCGACACUUUGUCCGCAAAUAUGCGCUGCCAAGUGGCCACGAGCCAGAGGAUGUUGUCUCGUCUCUUUCGUCGGACGGCAUCCUGACCGUCACUGCGCCAAAGAAGGUGGAGGCUCCAGCUGCCAACGAGCGAGUAGUUCCGAUUACACAAAGUGAUGAAGUUGUUAAGGAAGGGAAAGCCGAUAAAACGCAGAGUGAUGCUAGCAAGCAGAAUUGAGAAUUUAGGUCUUUAUCUAUAACUAAUUCACCUAACUAGAUAAUCAUUGAUUACCACUGUUCUGUAUUACAAUUUAUUGUUAUCAAUUUGAUAACUUUUGCUGAUGUAGAAUCUAGAGUUAAAGUGCAGCCUAGUACUGCUUUCAGAUGUAUUAAACUUGCAUCAUCAAUGAAUAGGAAUUAAUAUUACAUUCAAGUUAUCCAUUACGUUAUUUUUUCUGAGUAUUUCAAUUUGAAAAGCAUAAAACAAACAAUGAAUUUUUGCAAAAGAAUCUAUCUAUAGUAACUUUCAAAUACUGGAAGCGAAGAUGGGUGUAAUUAUUAAUUCAUGUUCUAUUAUUUAUAUUUCGUGACCUACCACAAAAAUGACAUUCCAGCACUAUUGAAUAAUUCUAUGUUUUCCAUUAUAUUAAGCGAUUUUAAUCGUUUUCACAGUUAAGUGAAUUUAAUUGAGUAAAAUCUAAAGCAGCGAGAUAAGAAAACAAAAUUCAGUGAUACAUACUUAAAAUAAAAACCUAUGUUAUUGCGAGUUAAUCAUCAUACUCAAGGAUUGCAACGAUAUUGGCGGAAAAUUGUUUGUGACCUACCGCUUCUAAAUUAGUAAGCUUGUGUAGUUCGAUUGUACUAAACUAGGGUAGGAUGCUUUGAAAUUAUUUACAGAAGAUUAAUCUGAAUCCUGGACUAUAUGGGAACUAUAAUAUUACUAAUCUACAAUUUUUAAAAUACAAUUGUAGUGGUUUUUGAGAAUAAAUAAACAAACGCAAAUGAAUAUUAUUUGUUAGGCCUCUGCCAUGGUGAACGCCAACGCGAACGAUCGGGCGAGGUUUUUUGCCGUAGGUUAAUGAACAGCUCUACUUACGGCUGUUCAUUAAUCUCCGGCAAGAAUCUCGCCCGAUCGUUCGCGUUGGCAUUCAGCAUGCCAGAGGCCUUAAGCAAUGUUGAGCACCGAUGGAAAAAAAUCGCUUCUAGCGACUAAUGAAUACGUAUAAACCAAGCCUAUGAUGCGUUGACAUCGUCGUCAGUGUGCGAGUUAUUCUUAUUCUUCGCACAUUUGCAAACAGACCUCCAUGGUAGGUGAAUAACGAAGAUCACAAAAGAGCACCAUAUAAAAAAAAUCGUUACUGGUGCACUCUCUCCGCCUUCCUUCUUACGAUGUACUUUUCAUCGUGGGAGCACGCAAUAUAUCCCAGUAAGAAUUGUCGGGCCGAUGUCGGACCAAUUCGCGUCCGAUUCUCCGAUAGAUCGGUCCGACAACGGGUGGACAUUUGGCUCAACAUCGGUCCGAUAUCGUGCUCAAAUGCAACAAAAAUGUCGGACCAGGGUUCAUUCGCUCCUAGGGGUUCAUUCGCCUUCGUGCGUCGCGGGCGAGAGGGAAGUUUAGUUGUGUUUGUUUUGAAGCAAGUCCGGUGCGGCUGGCAUGCGGACUUGGUCAAAACAAACACAACCAAACUUCUCCUGCCGCAAAGAGAUCACGAUGGCGGGGUGUGCGAUUCAAUCUUCAUUGUAUGCGACGCAGCAACGGCGGUGUGCAGGUUGCUUUGUUUUGAUUAUUUUGAUAGCGCGGUUUUGGAUUAGAGCGCUUCAUUUAUUUUAGGAUGGUGCAUGAUUAAUUAUAUUUAUCCACUAUAUAAAAAUGGAUUUACGUAACGCAGAUUUUAUUAAUAUUAUUCCCGCCGUUACUGAGGUGCACAAUAAGCACCAUCAUUUUAAAUCAAGAAAGUAAGCGGUGACAUGUGCGUUUUAUUGCAAUAAAAUAUUUGUAGAGUUCGGAACAAUAUAUUUGUGAAACAUUUAGGGUUUCUUAAUAAUAAAAAUUGUGAUAUCAUUCACAUAACGUAAAACGUGGUGGCGGGGCUGUGCGAUUCAAACCUCAUUGUGUGCGAUGCAACUACGGCGAUGUGCAGGUUGCUUAAUUUUGAUUAUUUUGAUAGCGCAGUGUUGGAUUAGAGCGCUUAAUUUAUUUUAGGAUGGUGCAUGAUUAAUUAUUUUAUUCCACUAUAUAAAAAUGGAUUUACGUAACGCAGAUUUUAUUGAUGUUAUUUCCGCCGUUACCGAGGUGCACAAUAAGCACCAUCAUUUUAAAUCGUUUAAAAUCAAGAAAGUAAGCGGUGACAUGUACGUUUUAUUGCAAGAAAAUAUUCGUUGAGUUCAAAACAAUAUAUUUGUGAAACAUUUAGGGCUUCUAAAUUAUAAAAAUUGUGAUAUCAGUCGUAUAAUGUAAAACGUGGUGGCGGGGCUGUGCAAUUUAUACCUAGUGGUAUGCGACACAGCAGCGGCGGUGUACAGAUUGCUUUGUUUUGAUUAUUUUUAUAGCGCAGUAUUGAAUUAGAGGGCUUCAUUCAUACGAUGCUUCAUGAUUAAUCUACUAUAUUAAAAUGGAAUUACGUAAUGCAGAUCUUAUUGAUAUCAUUCCCGCCAUUUUUGAGGUGCAAUGGUAAUGGUAAUUAUUUUAAAUCGUUCUAAGUCAUAAAAGUAAGCUGUGACGUGUACGUUCUAUUGCAAAUAAUAUUCGUAGAGUUCGAAACAAUAUAUUUGUAAAACAUUUAGGGUUUCUCAAUAAUAAAAAUUGUUUUAUUAUUCACAUAACGUAAAACGUGGUGACGGGGCUAUGCGAUUCAAACCUCGUUAUGUGCGAUGCAGCAACGGCGAUGUAGCUUUGUUUGUUUUGAUUAUACAGGUUGCUUUGUUUUGAUUAUUUUGAUAGCGCAAUAUUGGAUUAGAGCGCUUCAUUUAUAGGAUGGUGCAUGAUUAAUUAUUUUUAUCCACUAUAUAAAAAUGGAUUUACGUAACGCAGAUUUUAUUGAUAUUAUUCCCGCCGUUACUGAGGUGCACAAUAAGCACCAUCAUUUUAAAUUGUUUCAAAUCAAAAAAAGUAAGCUGUUACAUGUACGUUUUGUUACAAGAAAAUAUUCGUAGAGUUUGAAGAAUAUAUUUGUGAAACAUGUAGGGUUUCUUAAGAAUGAAAACUGUGAUAUCAUUCACAUAAUGUAAAACGUGGCGGCGGGGCUGUGCGAAUUAUACCGACUGGGGUGCGACGCAACAACGACGAUGUGCAGGUUGCUUUGUUUUGAUUAUUUUGAUAGCGCAGUAUUGGAUUAGAGCACUUCAUUUAUAGGAUGGCGCAUGAUUAAUUAUUUUUAUCUACUAUAUAAAAAUGAAAUUUCGUAACGCCGAGCUUAUUGAUACUAUUCCCGCCGUUUCUAAGGUACACAAUAAGCACCAUGAUUUUAAAUCGUCCUUAUCAAGAAAGUAAGCAGUGGCAUGUAUGUUUUAUCGCAAGGAAAUAUUGGUAGAGGUCGAGGCAAUAUAUUUGUGAAACAGUUACGGUUUUGUGAUAAUAAAAAUUGUGAUUUUUUUUCUUCAUCUAAAUGAUAAAAAUUGUGAUAUCAUUCACAUAACAUUUAACAUGAAUAAAACCUGACUUUUUUUCGUUCAACCUUCAACGUUCACCAUAUAAUUCGAAAUUCAAAGCGAUGGCAUGUGGUUGAUAUUCAGACGAGGCAUUCGAGGAGAAAUUAUAGGUAUUUGAUUACUAAAGAUAUAAUUCACAAGACUUCGAAAAACAUGAAAAACCGUGACUUUUCAUGCUUGAUUUACCUCUAAAUCAAAGUCUGAAGCGAUGAUUUGUGUUUUUUUUUUCUAUAAUAAAAUGUUUGUUAUUGUUUCGGAUAGACAUGUGUGGGAAAGUUAUGGUUUUUUUUUUACUAAAAACUGAGUUUAUAAUGCAAAAUCAUGUCUUUUUAUGCUCCAUUUUUUCUUUAAAUCGUAGUUCUUUUUUUUUCUACAUUAAAAUGUUCGGAAAAAUAUUUGAGGAGAAAUAUGUUUCACGCAUAUUUCAAGCAGUUUUGUGAAUAAUGACUUUUAAUGCUCAAACUUCAUCUAAAUCAACAUUAAAAGCGAUGAUAUGUUUUUUUUUUCAAAAAAAAUGUUUGAUGAUGUUUAGAAGAGACAUUUGAGGAGAAACAACAGGUACCUGAUAACUAAAAAUUGAGAUAUUAUUCACCACAUAAAACAUUCAUAAUGAUGAUAUUUAUUGCGUGAUUCGCCUCUAACUCGAAUUUCAAAGCAAUGACAUAAAGUGAUUUCUUACAUUGAAAUGUUCGGUAAUGCUUAGCAAUGAAAUUUAAGGAUAUAUGACAAAUGAAUAAAAUAUGGAAAUAUAUUGCAAAUAACUCAAUCUGAUAAAUAAAAAUGAGAUAUUAUUCAUAAAAUUACGAAGACAUGUAAAAUCAUGAAAGUUAGUAGCCCAAAAAUUGAUAAAUUUUAAUCACAUUAAAUCGUUGAUUCAAAUGUGCACGCGAAGUGAUGGUUUUGAAUAUCCAUAUUCUAAGCACCGAUCUUAUUUUUCCGCGUUUCGAACUUAUGCGGUUUUUUACGCUAAACGGUGCACUAGAUGCGACAUUAUGCGCACUGUGCAUAAGCUAAAAAAAUCUAAUGUCGCACGCAAAACAUUUUUUUUUAAUUUUCUGCUGGAACGGUAUAAUAUAUGACAAAUAUAUGUGUGCCGCCAAUCUCAGACACGAAGCUAUUUUCAUCAAAUACGUAACUACAAACAUUGUAACAAUCGUGAUUUAUCUUGCAGAUUGUUAGACCUAAACUUAAAAAUAAAAAAAAAAACAACCCUAAAUGGUCAUCUUAUAUCAGCUCCAGCUGCCAUAUUUAAUUUUGUGAUGGUAAUUUCCGGUUUUUGGCGAACAGCCCAAGGUAGUCAAAUACCAUCCAAUUUUAGUGUUUUCAGAAACAGGAUGAUGCCCAGAGGCCAGAAAUUAUUCACAACAGCCCAAUAGAUUUUGUAUUUAAAAUGACGAUUGGAGUAUCAGAGGUGAAACGUAAUAUUUCUGAAGUGAAGUGCGGCAGAGAAAUAUAAAAAAAAAUGAUUCGUAUAACCGUUAUGUGCUUGACGGAGUACCCGGGUACCUUUUAAAGUUUCAUAAAACGGAAUUUCAUAGUUCACUGCAAUCAAAGCUCAUUGAAAGGGAACUUUUGAUAACUUUAAUUUUUAUGUAAUAACAAUAUGCCUAACGGGGUACCCGCGUACCCAAAGAUUGUAAUUCUUGUAACAUUGACAAUUAUCUUCCGAUUUCGACACUUUUAGCAUCAAAAGAUUCAGUUACUUCUCUGCAUUGAAAUCAGAUUCAGUGGUGCCUCGAAAGAAUUUUCUCAUUGCCGAAAAUCUGGGUUUUCGGAGAUAUGUUGCAAAACUGAAGAAUUUCAUGAAUUUUCGAGCAGAAUCUUAUAAAACUACUUCCAUAGGCCAUUUUUAUGGUGUUAUAGUGAUAUUCCUUCGAAAUGGCCCUUACGGAACAGAUUCCACCGGGGCUUCUAGUGGACAUACAAAACAAUUGGAUAACACAAUGUCACAUACUAUCCAUUAUGAAUAUUUUCAAAACCGGUAUUAUAUCUAGAGACUGUCAAACGAACCCCGACGACAUUUUGCAUUCCAAAAUGACCACUUCCGCUAUCUGGAAGAGAAACAAAUUGACCGAAUACGAUCGAAUAUAGAUAAUUCCGAAAUCGGGAUGGUGCCUAUAGACCGGAAAUCAACUCCAGACGCAAUUUAGAAAACCGAGAGGGUGACUUCCGGUUUCUGGAAAACAGCCAUAAUUGACUAAAUAGCACCCUAUAUGAGUACUUUCGGAAUCUAAAUGAUGUCCGGAGACCUGAAAACGACCUCAGCGGCCAUUUAGAGUAUCAAAAUGGCGACCUCCGGUUUCUGUAAAAGAUUAAAAAAUGGCCGAAUGCCAGCCAAGAUGGGUAUAUCCGGAACGUGAGACACCAAUUGUAAUUAUUCCAAUAAUAUUAUCAAAUAUUCAUAAAAAUCCUCAGUUUCAAAACAUAUUACCGAAAAAAAAAACGGAUUUCCGAGAAUGAGAAUUUCUUUUCGGAGCACCGCUGACACUGAUUCCAAUGGAGAUGGUAGAGUUGCUGAAUCUUUGAGUACUAAAACUAUUGAAAUCAGAUGAAAAUUGUGAAAGUUACAAGAGUUUCAAUUUAUGGAUACCCGGGUACCCGCCGGGCAUUUAAGGGUGUUUUUUGUCGAGCACAUAACGGUUAAUUUCAAAUCUAUCCCGAGCAUCGCCGGAAGGGUUCAACUAGUAAAUAAUAUCGAAUCAAUUAUUAUAUUUAAUAAAAAGUGUGUAUCAAUAUUACAACGUCGCAGGUGUUUGAGUUCAUGAAUAAUUAGACUUGUGUAGGUCAUUCGCAUUUCCAGGUGCGACAGCCGAAGUGAUGACGUGCCUCUAAUUUUUAAUACAGCGCUAUUUCGAUCUUGUUCACACCAAACCGCCGUGUAAUGUCCGGGACAGUGUUAUGUUGUCGCCGUGCGAAUGAAAAAUAUCGUUGCCGACGAUAUUUUUUGCUUCCCGGAGAGUGCACGGCAGCAACUUGCGAAGUUUUUACUAGGGUAAUCGCUCUUAUAUUAAUCUCAUCACGCCUUUCUGAUCAAUUUAUCGUCAAAUUUUACCAUAUUUUCAACGUAAAACUUUCAACCACUUGACAAAAUCGAGAAGCAAAUAGAUUUACUUUCAAAAUUUGCAGAAAUUUGACGGGAAAUUUAACAAAUGAGAGAAAUUAGAGAAGAUUAAUAUAGGUGCACCUAGGUGCUGAGAUGAAUAAUGGAACGAUUACCCUAUGUGGCAGUGAAAUAUUUUCGUUCUUUUAUUGCAUUUGCACCACGGCUUGGACACUGCCCGGAAGCAGUGGGAAUAGCGCUUAAUUCGCAUAUAACUUUAUAUAUACAACCCAGAAGUGGACAGGUAUGACAAGAGUGGCGCAGAGUCUGAAGCAAGAACAACCAAACGAACCGGUAAACGCUGAACCAAACGAGCAAAAUAAAUAAACUUUACUACUACGCUAGACUUGUCGGAAAGGGUAUUGUAAUCAUUAAACAAAAGUUCACAAUAAAUUGAGUUUUUACUCUUUUUGUUUAUUUUGAUCAUUUUCACAUCUAAAAUACCGUAAACAGAUUAAAUUGAAUUAAAUUAAGAUUUCUUCUUUUUGUUCAUUUAUUGGAAUCAUUUUCUGUUAACCACAAGACAUGUGUAUGUACGCAGCUUUUCAAUUGUGUUGGCUUGUUUGCCCGAUCGAUGUCGCAAUCGCUGAAUCGUUCGUAUCUAAGAAGUAAAAUAAAGUAAAAACAUAAGCAACUGUUCUCAUAACGGGAACAUUAAAUUUUUACCUUGGCAUUCCCGCAAAGGCAAAUCUACCAAUCCCUUUGGAGCUUUCUGAACUUUCCAGUUGAUUGUUGAACCAUGCUGUAAUGUUGUUCCAAGAGUUUCCACGGAGCUGCUUAGAGGCAACAAUUCAUCGUCGGUACCAGUUCCAGCAACAGUCGCAAUAGUCCUAGCAGCUGCAGUAGUCUCAACGUCUUUUGUCUACCAUCGACAAUAAUUUUACUAUGGAAGACAUUGUCAGUGACUUCUAAAUUUAUAAAAAAUGCCUGAAAAAUUGCUGUUAAGAUGCAUAACAAUGAAUGAAAAUGACAAACACAGUGUUUUUAUUGUUCUGAACAAUGAUAUUUAAUGUAAAAUUGAUGUAUUCACAAUGAAAAACAUAAACUAUGUACAAUUAUAGCAACUUUUAAGUUUUUUUUAUGUUAUUUUUUUUUUCGGGUGCCCUUGUGCUGGUUCGUUUCACUUAAGUUCGGCAUUGGGAAGCUUGAAGCACACCAGAUAUAGGUCUCAGCUUCCUGUUGACUGCGGCCACAUACAGAUCCUGCUCGUAAUUAAUAUAAAGCAUCCGCUUAACAAAGCGGACUUUGUAGCCUUGCGGCUAUGCAGCUCCUCACUUCAAACUACCGAUGCUCGUGGUACGCAUUUUUUAUAUUUCAGUCAAAUAGCCUAAAUAUUUUCGAUAAAGAAUUUAUUUUUAUCAAACUUAUUAUUCAAUUAGUAUGCUAUGCAGUAUUUUGUUGAGUCAUUGAUAGAAUAUUGCAUUUUUACAAGAGUAAAAAAAUGGUUUGCUCGAUUUGAUCAGUGAACCAACUUCAGCGUGAUUCGAACCAGGAUCAUUCUUUCUCUGUCAUCAAUGAGAUCAAUCAAAGUGUAUCAUGAAAAAAACUGAAACUGAUUCGAAUCAGGUUUAAAAACCCUGCAUUUAUUCAUCUGCUUUGCGCCUCGGCUAUGUUCUAGAACUGAUGCAUUUUUUGUUGUUUUCAAUAGAAACGCCUAAACAAGGAUUUGAAUUUAAAGUUCUUAAGAGUUUAUAUAUACUUGUGUGCUCGCGAUCAAAAGUAUUUUAUCUUUCUUGAGAGUUGAAAAGUUAAUGAGUUUUUUUUUAAAUAACUAGAUCUUACCUUUCUUUUUCAAAAGAAAAUAUUAAUAACUGGACUCACUGGAGUUCAUGUACCAAAAUAUAAUUUUUUCGACAUUCCUCGCAAUAAGCAUGAUACAGAAAGAACUACUUGUCGGAAACACGAAAAAUCCUGUACGCUAUACCUGAACGAAGGAUUUUGCAUCAUUAACUUUAAAUCGGUUCUACUGCUCAGACAUCCUUUAAAUCGGUUCUACUGCUCCAGACACCUCCCAGAUGGUCUCGAGGAACGAUGCUGGCCUAACAAACCAGUCGUCGUAGGUUCGAGUCUCGACUCGGGUGAGACUGUUAGUGUCAGUAGGAUCGUAGCGCUAGCCCCGCAAUUGUCCCGUACACGAAACAGUUGGCUGCGAAGUCUGUGUAUAAUAAACAGAAGGUCGAGUUCCGAAUCGGAAUGUAGCACCAAGGCUUUGCUUUUUUUACUGCUCAGACCAUUCUGAUUUUUAAAGGAAAAAUAAUCUAGUCUAAAACAUCAAAUUUUUUUAAUUGCAAUUUUUUGAAAUUCCGUAUCCUUUUAAAUAAGAGAAAUAAAAAAUAUAUUUCGAUUUUUUCUCCUUAACAUGAGAGUAACCCCUUUUAGUAUAGAUUAAUUUAUUAUUGUAAAAAUGAUGAACGCAUACUUAACUUUCCCUGAUAGGUGACUGUAUUUUUUUGUAAAGAGCAAUUCCACAAGAACGGGUCCCCAAUUGAUUCGACCCUUUUUAAUUUGGCUGAAAAUUUGCAUAGUUGUUUCUAUGGGCAAAAGAUGUAAUUUUGUGCUAUUGGUUUAACUUCCUGAAGCACGUCUCAUUUUUGGGGAGCUAUUUAAAAAUGCAAUUUUGGAAAGGUAUUGGUAAUUACAAAUAUUUUUAGAGCCGCUUAAAAGGUUUUUUGAUAGGUAUGAUGUCUUUGGCAAAUAUUGUCUUUCCGAAAAUAUAACUAUAAUAUUUUUUGUUUGAAAAAAAAGGAAGAGAAAAACAAAAAAAAAAAUAUUUUAAAAACUCAUUUUUUUAAUACCGAUUUUUUUUAUAAAAAUACAAUAAAAUACCUAAACACUGAAAUUGGUUCAAUCGUGGAGAAAUAAAAAACAAAUUAAGAUGUUUUGGAUUUUUUUUUAAUUAUUAUAUUUGGAAGGACCAAAUUGUUAUCUGCAACUGUGCAGAAGACACUAUGCCAAUCAAAGAAAACGUUUUAGCUUUAAAAAUUGUUCGAAUCACCAAUAGAGCAGUCUGAUUAGUUUCUAAUUUUUCUGCUAACUAUUUUUUGAAAGAAAAUUUUUUUUUUCAGGGUAUUUUCUUCGGAAAAAAAAUAUUAUCUACAACUUUGCCGAAGACGACACUACGAUCACGAAACUGAGCAAUUUUUAUUGGCAGUGAUGUUUUUUAUAACUCAAUUGUAACCCUAUUCAUACGAUUGAAAUGAUUUAAUGUUGAAAAUGUUACUAAAAACAUUUAUUCUGCUCGGUGCAAUAAGUGAAGUAACCCAUAAUUGUAGUGAUGUUACGUUUUGCGGUGCACAAUGGUGGGUCAGUCCAUAUUUUACACUAAACAUGAACACUAAAAAUGAUUAAUUAACAAAAAAUGUGUCGCUGCUCGGUGCGCUUCGGUGCAGUGACGAUUCCGACGAUAACUCAUAUAU